AUGAAGGAGAAUAUAAUUGAGAAUGUUGUUCAGGAGACUAUAUGGAAGGGUACUAGGGCACGAGAUGUAGAUGGGUUUAAACUAUGGUACUCAGGGAGCGCUGGGGGAAAGAAUGGGGUAGGUAUUAUAGUAGACAGGGACCUAAGGAAGCUCGUGGUUGAGGUUAUGAGGGUAAAUGAUAGGUUGAUAAGUAUUAAGCUAGUAGUUGGUGGGUUUACUGUAAACGUGAUUAGUGCAUAUGCUCUUCAGGUAGGUUUGGACCAGGAGGUCAAGAAGGAAUUCCAGGAGGAUUUGGACAAGAUGGUGCAUAGUAUCCCGCAUACAGAGAAGUUGUUCAUUGGCGGAGAUUUCAAUGGUCAUAUUGGGGCUAGUGCUAGGGGUUAUGAUGAUGUGCAUGGCGGGUACGAUUUUGGGGAUAGGAAUGAGGGAGCUAAUUCACUGUUGGAUUUUGCUAGAGCUUUUGAUUUCGUUAUAGCUAACUCGAGUUUUCCGAAGAGGGAAGAGCACUUGGUCACUUUCAGAAAUUCAAUGGGCAAGACUCAGAUUGAUUACCUUCUUUGCAGGAAAGGCGAUAAAGGUCUAUGCACUGACUGCAAAGUCAUCCCAAGUGAGCACCUCACGACUCUACAUAGGCUCCUAGUUAUGGGCCUAGAGAUCAAGAGGAGUAGGAGGAAGAGGGCGGGGUGCAAGAAACCUAAGAUCAAAUGGGGUAACUUGACCAAGGACAAAGCUCAGGAGUUAGGGGAGAAGUUGAUGGCUAUGAGGGCCUAG